GAGCUGCGUCGGACAUCACACAAGGCCGCUGAGCAGAAGCGCCGCGACUCACUUAAGCACUGCUUCGACGAUCUUCGGAAUAUGAUCCCCAGCAUCCAAGAAAAAUCGCCUUCGAAAGUUUUUCUCCUCAAGAAGUCCUUCGACUACAUCUGCAACCUUAAGUGCGAGGUCGCGAAGCGUGAUCUGGAAAUGGCGCGGCUGAAGGCCCAACACGAGUUCAUGAAG